GCUCACACUGUGUUUUCUCCUAGGCUAGCUCAUCCAUCCUCAGAGCGUGCUGCAGGGAGCCCCCCUGCUCUGGGACCAUGACGGUGAGGGGGGCCGCGCUGGCCCCGGACCCAGCCUCGCCCACGACCGCAGCAGCCUCGCCCAGCGUCUCUGCCGUCCCCGAGGGCAGCCCCACGGCCAUGGAGCAGCCGGUCUUCCUCAUGAGCACGGCUGCUCAGGCCAUCUCCGGCUUCUUCGUGUGGACCGCCUUGCUCAUCACCUGCCACCAGAUCUACAUGCACCUGCGCUGCUACAGCUGCCCCAACGAGCAGCGCUACAUCGUGCGCAUCCUCUUCAUCGUGCCCAUCUAUGCCUUCGACUCCUGGCUUAGCCUCCUCUUCUUCACCAACGACCAGUACUAUGUCUACUUCGGCACCGUGCGCGACUGCUAUGAGGCACUGGUCAUCUAUAACUUCCUGAGCCUAUGCUACGAGUACCUGGGAGGAGAGAGCUCCAUUAUGUCCGAGAUCCGAGGGAAGCCCAUUGAGUCCAGCUGUAUGUACGGCACUUGCUGUCUCUGGGGGAAGACCUACUCCAUCGGGUUCCUGCGCUUCUGCAAGCAGGCCACGCUGCAGUUCUGUGUGGUAAAGCCACUCAUGGCCGUCAGCACUGUGGGCCUGCAGGCUUUCGGCAAGUACCGGGACGGUGACUUUGACGUCUCCAGUGGCUACCUCUACGUGACCAUCAUCUACAACAUCUCCGUCAGCCUGGCCCUCUACGCCCUCUUCCUCUUCUACUUUGCCACCCGGGAGCUGCUCAGCCCCUACAGCCCUGUGCUCAAAUUCUUCAUGGUCAAAUCCGUCAUCUUUCUCUCCUUCUGGCAAGGUAUGCUCCUGGCCAUCCUGGAGAAGUGCGGGGCCAUCCCCAAGAUCCACUCGGCCCGCGUGUCGGUGGGCGAGGGCACCGUGGCUGCGGGCUACCAGGACUUCAUCAUCUGCGUGGAGAUGUUCUUUGCGGCGCUGGCCCUGCGGCACGCCUUCACCUACAAAGUCUACGCGGACAAGCGGCUGGACGCGCAAGUGCCAACGUACGGCCCUUACGGCCGCUGCGCCCCCAUGAAGAGCAUCUCCAGCAGCCUGAAGGAGACCAUGAGCCCCCACGAUAUCGUGCAGGACGCCAUCCACAACUUCUCGCCCGCCUACCAGCAGUACACCCAACAGUCCACGCUGGAGCCUGGCCCCACCUGGCGCGGCAGCGCCCAUGGGCUCACACGCUCCCACAGCCUCGGCGCUGCACGGGACAACGAGAAAACGCUGCUGCUCAGCUCAGACGAUGAGUUCUAGGCACAGGCGGGCUGCCGGGCACAGCAGCUGGACUGCCUAGGGUGGGCCCCCUGCCAGCCUCAUGUCCAAGCCGAGCUGGGUCAGCCCUGUCAUGUCUUGGACCAGACGUAUCACUUCCAGAGGAACCGCCAGCUGCCCAGAGGGCGCCUUCAGGAAAACCUCCCCGGGGCCACCCCUGAGCACCUGUUCCAGGGUAAAGGCCCGCAGGGCGGGGACCCCCCAACCCCCACCUCACCGCAAGCACGCGCACGUCCUGUGGGGCACUCAUAGGACCAGCCACAUCCAGGCCCACAUGCUUCCAGAUGCUUAAUGGACUAGCGGGUGUGGGCUUCAGGCCCCACCCCAAGAUUACUCCCUCCCUCAGACUCUCACACUGAAAUUUGAGGCCCCAGCCUCUCCCUGCCCUGUCCCCA